CCCGGGCUGCGGGUCCCCGCGGGCGGCCGCGCAAGAUGAAGCUGGCUCUCCUCCUGCCCUGGGCGUGCUGCUGCCUCUGCGGGUCGGCGCUGGCCACCGGCUUCCUGUACCCCUUCCCGGCCGCAGCCCUGCAGCAGCACGGCUACCCCGAGCCGGGAGCCGGCUCCCCGGGCAGCGGCUACGGGAGCCGCCGGCACUGGUGCCAUCACACGGUGACGCGGACGGUGUCCUGCCAGGUGCAGAACGGCUCGGAGACAGUGGUCCAGCGUGUGUACCAGAGCUGCCGGUGGCCGGGGCCCUGUGCCAACCUCGUGAGGGCAGUCUCUACCCCUCUCCACAGCCGAUCAAAGUCCGGACACGGACCCUGUUUCCCUCCCGACCCCAAGGCCCUCCGCGAGCCACCCUGGUCCUGGGACUGUGGCCACACGGACCUUGCUGGCCUGGAGACUCCGUCCUUCCUCGGGGCCUUCGCGUUUGCUGGUCCUUCUGCCUGGCCUGGUUUCAUGCCGGGAAUAGCUGCAUCUCCUGACCUAAAUCAGUGCCUUUCCUCCCCGACGCCCUGUCACUUUCCAGGGGGCCACAGGAGGGCAGGAAUUGCUUCAAUCUCUCCUGUGCCCCUCCUCCCCCUGUGCCUCGCGUUCAGGAGCUCAAGAGAUACUAUUGAACUGAUGGCUCAAGAUCAGGAGGAUGAAAUGAGAUCCAAGAGUUACAGAACUCUGAUCAGACCCACAUACAGAGUGUCCUACCGCACGGUGACGGCGCUGGAAUGGAGAUGCUGUCCUGGCUUCACCGGGAGCAACUGUGAGGAGGAAUGCAUGAACUGUACCCGGCUCAGCGACAUGAGUGAGCGGCUAACCACGCUGGAGGCCAAGGUUCUUCUGCUGGAAGCAGCAGGGCAGCCCGCAGGCCCGGGCAAUGACCUGCCAGCCCCCCAGAGCACCCUACCACCCUGGAACGAGGACUUCCUCCCUGAUGCCAUCCCACUCGCCCACCCAGGGCCCCGAAGGAGAAGGCCCACGGGCCCAGCCGGGCCCCCGGGGCAGACGGGACCGCCAGGGCCUGCAGGUCCCCCAGGCUCCAAGGGUGACCGGGGCCAGGCAGGAGAGAAGGGCCCAGCAGGGCCUCCUGGCCUCUUGGGGCCGCCAGGGCCCCGCGGGCUUCCUGGAGAGACGGGGCGCCCCGGGCCCCCCGGCCCCCCUGGCCCAGCGGGCAGCCCGGGCUUCCCUCCGAACGGCCCCCAGGGCGUCCUCUACUCCCUGCAGCCGCCGACGGACAAGGGUGACGGAGACUCACAGCCGGCCUCUGCAGCCGUGGACACAGUGCUGGCCGGCGUCCCAGGGCCCCGGGGCCCCCCUGGCCCUCCAGGUCCGCCUGGACCACAUGGUCCCCCAGGACCCCCAGGUGUCCCUGGAUCCCAGGGCCUGGCCGGAGAGCGGGGCGUGACAGGACCGGCUGGCGAGCCUGGCGGGAAGGGGCAAGAAGACGACAAAGCUGCUGCAGAGGGUGAGGGGGUACAGCAGCUGCGGGAGGCCCUGAAGAUCCUAGCAGAGAGAGUCCUCAUCCUGGAGCACAUGAUUGGGAUCCAUGAUCCCCUGGCCUCCCCCGAGGGGGGCUCUGGCCAAGACGCUGCCCUGAGAGCCAACCUGAAGAUGAAGCGUGGUGGCUCCCCGCCUGACGGCAUGCUCGCUGCCCUGCUCGGCCCCGACCCCGGGCAGAGGAGGGCUGGCCGGGCCGGCGGCGGCAAGUGAGAGAGGCCAGCUCUCCAGGACAAGCCCCAGCCCUGCCAGAGAGCCGGCCCGGAGGCCUGUGUCGCCCGGCUGGCUCCUGUAGACACCCCGAGUGGGCCUGGGCUCUGGACGCUGACGAUCGUAAGGGACACUGGCUCCCAGGGCCUGGGGGGACUUGGGGACAGAUGGCAGCUCCAGAGGCAGGGUCCAGAGGGCCCCAGCACCCUUGGCAGGGCCCUUUGCUGGUCCCUGCCCUCCCCACCCUCACUUUCUGCAGGAGACAGGAUCUGGGUGGGCUGGGCAAGGCGUGAGAAUAAUCCUAAUACUCAUCAUUUACUGAGUCUGGGCCUAUCCAAGAAGCUUUCCCUGCACCGUCUCAUUUAACCCUUAGGAGGUAGGCUUGAUAUCCCCACUUUCCACGGGAGGACGGAGGCCCGGCGAGUAUAAGUAACCUGCCGAGGCCACGGGACCAAGGACAGCUGGGGCAGGAUUUGAACCCAGGCCUCCCGGGUCCUUAACCCUUGACAGUGCCAGGUUCCUGUCUUCACGGAGAAACUCAGGAUGGGCACAGGGCUGGGCGGCGGGGGGGCUGGACUGGCCGGCAGGGAAGGAACGCAGGGCCCUGGGCCUCCUUCCUCAACCCCCGUCCCCGGGCUUGGGGUCUGCUCCAGGGUCUGGCAGCGCCAGGGAGACCCUGAAUAAAGCCGGGACACUCCCACGGACUUGGGGAUAGUGAGAGAGGGGCCCUGGGGUGCAGGACCCUUCCGACCAAACCGGCACUGCCCACUGCUGCCUCCCAGCCUCAACCCACCCAGCCCAGCAGGGCCCUCCUGCCCCUGAGCCCAGAGGUGGGAGUAUUUCCUGGGACGGCAGCUCUGCCCUCUCUGGGAAUCUCUAGGGUUGGCCAUUUCUGCAGCAUGUGGCAAGUCCCACGUCCCCUUGACCACCUAGAGACAGGACAUUGUCUGAGUCCCGGGCUCCGUCAGGCGAGACGCUGCCCCCUUCAGAGCCGUGGGCCCAGGCAGCAGGCUCCACAGCAGACACCCGGGGCCGGGGACCCCAGAGCAGCUCAGACCACAGCCCUCAGGGCCUCUCAGGCUAUGGGUCCCCUGUGACCCAGACUGGCCCUGGUGCUCCUCUCUUGCUGGGCCAGGACCCCGUCUCAGCCGCUGACUCAGAGGUUUGGGUGCCACCCCGGGUGGUGUCUCCCCUCAGGGCAGGAGCUGUCUGUCCCCGGCAUCCUUGGUGCUCCCCGGAGGUUGUGGCCAGGCCCCGGCCACCUCCCCCUGCCCCACGCGAGGCAGGAGCGGCCUGGGGGCCGAGGUGCGGCGGCAGUCAGAGGCGGGCGGGAAGUCUGGAAUUCUCUGACAAUAAAGGUGCUCUC